AUGGCCUGGCAGUACAGGCCUGUGAUCCCAUACACUUGGGAGGCUUCAGCAAGAAAAUCUGCUGUUCAAGGCCUGCUGCCGAGGUUACAGCGUGGAUUCAACUUGGGGAAGGCGACUUCGUGGAACAGGCGACGGUCCUCAGGCUGCGGCCCACGGCGCGGAGCCCGGGUCUGGAGGAGGCCGGGAGCCGCGGGGCCGAGGCGCUGCGAGGAUGCUGCGGCCGCCGGGCUGCCCGGGGCUCCGUGCGGCGAGGCCGGCGUCCCCGCACCGCGGGCCGGGAGACCCUGGGCUCGGACCCCCGCCGAGGUGCCGUUAGGGCCCCUCCCUGCCCUGCGGGGUGGCCGCUCCUGGGACGACCACCGGGAGGAGGAGGAGAAGCCUGCGGACACCGGCCAGGUGCCUAACACUGAGAGGAGCAAAACCCCGAAGUACCUCCGGGCCUACGAGCCUGUUGGGCAGUUCCACCAAGCCGCCAGGGAAGGCUCAGUAGACACAGUGCGGCGUCUGCUCAGGAGCGGAAUAGUCAGUGUGAAUGACACAGACAGAAGGAACAGAACUGCUCUGCAUUAUGCUUGUGCCUACGGCCACAGGGAAGUGGUGCAUCUCUUACUCACCUAUCAGCGCACCGUCAACAUGUUUGACAAGGAGCACGGCACUCCACUGAUUAAGGCCAGCCAGCGGGAGUUUCCAUCGUGUGUCGAUACCUUACUAGGCCAUGGAGCAGAUCCUAAUAAGGCAGACAUGUAUGGGAACACUGCUUUCCAUUACGCAGUUCUUAAUGAUGAUUUAGAACUGGCAGGUUUACUGCUUGCAUACGAAGCAAAUAUUGAGGCGAAAACAAAGGACGGCUUCACACCAUACCUCCUUGCUCUACAGGAAAACAAAGAUCUUAUAGCAGAAUUUUUGAAAGACAUGGGCACAGAUGUACAUGCGGAGGGGCUGCUGAAUAGAAAACACCAUAAGAUACACCACAGGAAGAUGUGUAAACAUACAGCACGACGUCCAGAAGCAGCUCGCAGUACUUCUCCCAGCUUCUCUCGCAGGGCGACCAACAGACGCGCUCCUUAUGCUCCUGAAACUAAAAAAAAAGAGACAAGAAAGACGAUGAAUUUAAUGCCCAGCAAAACGUAGUACAACUGAAACUGUCAUUAAAGGUUGGAAGAAUGGAGAAGGAAAGCACACGGAAGGUACUGAAAGGCUCAGAGAAGUUACAUCGUAGACCUGCAGCUACUGCUUCUGCUGCUGCCGACCCU